CGACAAAACAACCCGACGACUGGAUCAAAACAACACAAAGGAAUUUCAUUUCACGGCUAGCCUUUCGUGAGUCAGUCAGUCGGUCGGUUUUAGUUCUCAUUGAUUUGUAAACAAAGUAAACACACUCACUAACAUUGCGUUUGCGGAAGGGUGUAAUGUAGGGCGAUAAUAUUCCAUUCAAUUAUUGAAUUACUACUCUUGUGAUAGUGGAAAUUUUUCAAUUCGUUCUUUGCUGUGAUACUUUUUGAAUUAUCGCAUCAAAAUAUUGUUGCUUGUGAUGCAUUCUGCGAUUGUUGGCCAUCGUAUUUCGGUAGAUGCCCUGAAUGAAGCUGCGGACGAAGAUGCGAUAGAGAGCGAACCAGAGUGCAUCGUUGAGGCGUUCGAGCAAAGUACGUUGAUUAUAGAAACCAAAACCAGAAGCCCUGCGCAAGGUGCCUGGCAACGUCCAACUAGACGGCCCCUGCCCAAGAAUGGCCGUAUCGUUCUUUGCUUCGAAAUUCUCUACGCUCGUGUGCUUCCGCCAGAGACAACCGACGCAAUUGGUUCUUCAACCGGCAACAAAAAAUAUGUCCUAUACGUAGUGAACGUUCGCAAAGAUGGUAUCGAGCCGGACCCUAAUCCAACGAGUAUCGAGCGUCGCUAUACGCAUUUUCUCAAACUAUACGAAGGACUUCGGAAAGAACAUCCCCUGUUGCUACAGAACGUGUUUUUCCCCAAGAAGGUUCUGAUGGGAAACUUUACCGCAGAGUUGAUUGGCGAACGAAGUCUAGCCUUUGAAACCUUCCUCGACCAUAUCAUUUCCGUGCCUUCCCUGCGUGAUUCGGGCCAUUUUCUAGAAUUUUUACAGGGUGAUGAGCUACGUAAAGCCUGCCAGUUGUUAGACGAACGAAGAAAUGAGUUCGCUGUGCCGAUCUUGGAGAACACUUUCCGAAUGUUGAACAAAAUCUUCCUGGACAAAUCCAAGUGCGUACUGCUGUUGCUCUGUCGGCUAGUAGCCGCUUGUACAACGUCUCCGAUCCCACAUCCCCUGGCGGAACAGUGGGCUGAAUUGGCACUAAGAAGAUAUGAACAUGUGUGCGACACUGAUCUCCUCGUGCUUUAUAUUCCUCUGUUGCAAACUUGUUUGCACCUGUGGUGGCAACGUGGUCGCGAUCGUAGUCUUCUGGAAGAACGUUUGAGCGAGAUGGGCAAGAAGGGCAUAACGGUGAAAGGAGGGCCCACACUGACGCAAGCAAUUCAUGCGCUCGAUCCACGGGCCGAGACCACAUGAAAAUUUCUGUAACAUGAAUCACAUUUUUCCAACAAUUACAUUAAGAUAAGAUUACAUUUUCGAGCUAGUAUAUCAAUUUUUACAUCAAACAAUUAAGUGCAAAUGUAAUGCGUAUUGCGUUGUGAUUUGAGAGGUCGUAUUUUUGGUGGUAGCAAAAGCUGUUAUUAAGAUUAUUCAAUAUUUAUAUUAUGUUUGUUAUUAAAAUUAUUACAAGUUUAAUGAAGAGUACGAGAUGGCUGGAACCAGAGUGGGACAAUCCUAAUUUUUCAAAAAGUUUUUCUGAAUACUGAAUUGCUUUCCGUAGAAAAUGAGGAAUGUUUCUGUCUAUUUCUAGCCCUCUUUUAUAUUAAGAUAAGAAAAGUGCAACGCGUAAUUGAGAAUAGCUUUAUCCAUGAUAUUCUUUUUAAAUAAGUUCUGUCUAAACUAGACAUAUUUUAUAUUGCAUCACAAACUUAUACACCCACAUAAAAGGUUCUUUUUUUAAUGAUCGAUUAUCAUCACAGUUUAUAUGGAAAUUUCCAACAGAUAUAAUGUUUCAAUGCUUUUAUUUCAA